AUGUCUGAUCCCACAGGCAUUGGAUCACCUUGGCCCUUGAAGGAUGAGUUUAUAGGUGGAAAGCUUGGCAGCGGUGCCGGCGAUAGGAAAUCAUGGCAUCGCCUGGAAGACCUUCCCACGCCUUUCGCGGCACAGUACGCGAGAUUGAGUCAACCAUGGCUCCCCGGAUUUUGGACACGGUUUCCGUAUCGUGGGCUUAGCAUGUGGUUGCUGGCCUUGAUAGGAACUAUUGCGGCUGGCCUGAUAUUGAAGUACAGUGAUGGAGUACCUGUCAAGAACUGGGAUGAGCAUAUACAGCCUACCGUUUGGUUGGCUUUGACGUCGGCGUUAUCGGGUGCCUUUCUUGCUUGUGCUUUCACAGAAGGAGCGGCGAUAUCAUAUUGGAGGACUGCUGGGAAGCCAGUCACUUUACAACAAUUACAAGCUGUGUAUGGCUCUUCAACGGGCAUAAUACAGGCUGCUGUUAACCUGUUUACUUGGAAGUCCAAGACUCUGGGCAUAGCGUCCAUCUUGAUGACAUUAUCCGUCAUGCGAGGCCCACUGAUGCAACGGGCUUCGGCAACAACAAAUUACUACGAAACACAACAAGGGAAGAUGAAUUUCCACAUCGCGCGGGAACUACCCGAGGACUACGCCUGCAUUGUCACAGGCCGAACCCACUCAACGUCGCUACUCAGCAAAAACUUCAGCAAUGUUGCACAUAGCUAUAGCCGCCGUGACGAAAUGGCCGCUUUCGAUACGACCUGUACCAACUGCACGACAAAAGUCCAGGGUUUCGGCUUCCAGGUCAACUGUACCGAGACGACGCGGGACUACAACCUCACCGUUGGCGCAGACCAAGCGAGUUUGAAAGAUGCUAUGAACGGGGCAAGCUUUUUCCAGGUAAAUAUUACCGAAUAUACCGACUAUUCUGUUUAUGCUAUGCCUGAUGGGGCGUUUCUACGAUAUACGACGCUUUACAAAGACGAAGAUAGGUGUUAUGGCAAAACGAAAAUUCAGACUUGCGAUCUGCAUGCUGGUAUUGCAGAAUUUCCUGUACGUGUGGACGGCGAUACGGUUGAACUUGUGGGAACCUGGAAGGAUGACAAGUUCAUCGAGCGCAAGUAUAUGUUGCCUGCAGGGCUGGUCGCAAGUGGCUCAGGAAACAUUCUGGGCGGCUUCGACACCAUCGUCAGCAACCUCUACGAAUCAACAGCCUACAUGCGGUUCACCGGCGCAACAGGCUACGAUCUCGCCUCAAAUGGCCUACCAGCAGCACAAUACCUGACCAUGAGCGGCCUGGUACCUGGCUGCAACGACACUUGGUCAAACCCCAUGGACGAUGUCAUCGAACUAACCCGCAACCUCGGGUUUCGCGCAAGUCUUCAGUACGCAAAGUUCAACACAACCGACAAGCAAAAAGUCACAUACGACAGCGGCACAACAACACUUGUGUACGUGACAGACUACGAAAAGAUGUGGAUAGCAGUGCUGGUUUCGCUUAUAGGAAUAUUCUCCGUGCUACCCACCUUCUGGGGCUGGUGGGAGCUGGGCAGGGAUGUCAGUCUUAACCCACUUGAGAUUGCGAAUGCUUUUGGGACGGUUGGGCAGGAGUCGCAUAUUAUGAGGAACGUGGAUCCGAAUCAUAACGUUGGAGGAAUUGUUAAUGCGGUUCAUGACAUUGGACCUGUGAGCUGGAUCAGAAUGUUAUCUACCCAGCACACCGCACCUUCUGCUGAGGUCUUCACCUUACCUGUUGAAACCAGAACCUUUCCCCGGUUUCCCGAUCUGUCAUACGAUAUCCGUUACAUGAUCUGGCUUAAAGCGCUGUCCUACGAACGGUGGCUUAUGAUCGCACUCGAUUAUCCUGGUGACCGUACAAGCUCUAGCCGAUGCUACGAUUUGGAGCUACGGACGAUUCGAGAAAGUAUGACUGAGCCGAUAAUGCACCCCCUUCUCCACACUUGCUCAGAGUCGCGACAAAUAGCAAAGAAGUUCUACCGGAUUCAAAUCUCAUGCAGGUACUGCGCUGGGGACACCUAUUUUAAGCUUUAUAUUUGUCCCGAGUUAGACAUUCUGGAUGUCUAUUGGGAUAUGGCAAGCCAUUUCAUUGAAUUUGCUACGGACUGUUAUAACCAGGACCGGGACCGCAAGGGUCUCUUGAAUGUUCUCAUACCAUACCCACUCGGAGGCGCAUUUGGCAUAGAUUUGGAUGGGUUCCCCAUCGAUAAGGAUGCUGCCAAAGCAGCCAUAUACCGACUUCGGCGGGUCGUUCACGAAGGUGUAGUAGAGGCGAUCAUGUCGUCAGACCAAACUUCGCGAGAAAAGCCCUCCUCAGUUCCACGUCUGGGUGACAGCGAAGGUAUGACCUUUGACCAUCUAACCACAGAUCCUCGAGCCACUGAUGACCUAGCAAGGCUGAUGGUGGUUGACGGUCCAAGUGAGAGUAAGAGUAAGUGGCAGAGACUCCUGGAUAUGGUGGAGAUUGACCAGUCCAAAUGCAAUUUUGAAGAAAGUCUCAUGCUUUUUCGAUGUGGCUCAUAUCGUCAUCUGCCAGAAGCGAGGAGUGUAUUGCCUUCCGUUACUGGUUUCUGGUUAGUGCCUCUGGAGGCAUUUCAAGAAGGUGACGGGAACAAAUCCAGAGGUUAUGUGGAUUUGAGAGACUACCCACCAGAAUUCAUUGAGGCUACCUUUAUGGUUAGCACCUCAACCUCAGAAGACAAUCUCCCUGUGGCUCCAUAG